AAGCUGCAAAAACUUACACCACCGCAAACACUCCUGUCGUGCUGCAUAAGCUCAGCAAGAAACACAUAUAAGUGCAAAGGUAAGGCCGGAGCGAAAAUGGAGGCUUAAGGGGAGCAUUGCAAGGCUGUCCGUUUCCGUUGUAAAAGUCUUCACCCGGCAGCAGGACAAAUGACUAAACCUGAAGAUUUCAAACUACUCAAGAUCCAGACCAUUGUCCUUAAGGUGAACAUCCAUUGUGAUGGCUGUAAGCACAAAGUGAGAAAACUCCUCCAGAAAAUUGAAGGGGUCUACACAGUAAACAUAAAUGUAGAAAGCCAGAAGGUCACUGUCUCAGGAAAUGUAGACUCUGCUGCCUUGAUCAGGAAGCUAGCUAGAUCAGGGAAGCAUGCAGAGCUUUGUUCUCAGAAGCAGAAUGUCCAAAACCAAAAGCACAAACAAAACUGGCAACCAAAAGCUUCUCCGUCCAACAAAGAAGGCAACAAGAGCAACAAGGAACAUGGAAAACCAGGACUCAUGCAUGGCCUCAAAGAUUUAAAAAACCAUCACAGCCUACCUGCAGUUUUCAGCUCUGAUGAUGAUGAUGAUGAUUUUGAUUACGAAGAUGAUUUUUUUGAUGAUGAAGAGGAGCAGGGAGACCUUUCUAUUAUGGAAAAGAUUAAUCAGCUUAAUCUAACUAAGCAAGCAAACAAUUCAGCAACAGCAGCAGCUACCGGGAAGAAGAAUGGAAAUGGAGGUGGGAAUGUGAAUGGAAGCAAUGGAGGUGGAAAGAAGAACGGUGGAAUGAAUCCCAACCUCAAAAUCCCAAAUGAUUCACAACCCGAAGGCUUUAAUACCCAGGCUAACAUUAAUUCCAAGAUGGGAAUUCCUGCUGCCAACGUCUUUAGUGGGAAGGAUCAGAAAAGGAUGGCCAUGAUCAACAACAACAAUGGCAUGAUGGGCAUGGGGUUUCAAGGCUUAGGCAACAACAUGCAAGUCAGAAGCAGCAACAUCAGUGGAUUUGGCUUCAGUCAGCAUCAGCAGGCUCCCAUGACGGGAGGAAUGCAUGGCCAUCAAACUUCACAGCCCCCCAUGAUGAUGAAUAUGAGAGGACCCUGCAACAACAAUGGCAUGAUGAUGAUGGGCCAUGACAAUCGAUAUAAGCAGCAUCAGCAGCCUCAAAUGAUGUACAACAAGUCUCCACAGAUCACUCCUUAUACUGAAUACUACUACCAGCGCUACCCGAGCCCAUACUAUCUCCAAAACCAGAAAGAGACGAGUGAUUUCGGUGUUCAUCUCUUCAAUGAUGAGAACACCAGCAGUUGUGCCAUCAUGUAAUUAAGGAUUUUAGUCCUUUCUUAUGCUUUCUAUUUUAGGGUUUCUGGGGUUGGGGCGCUUGCUGAUAUCCUUAUGUAUUCAACUUUUUUAUGUUUUUUAGUUUUGUUUGCUGUUGAGUGUGGUGAUGCCUGUUAUGUGAAGCAGUGAUUAAUCUCAAAAUAUUCAUUGACUUCAA